GCGGUUACUACAGUGGACAGCUCAUGUUAUCAGGUUACAGGGUGUGCGUGAAAGGGUUAAGUCCAGUAAUGAAGUUUUUGUCCGUUCUCACUGACCCACACGUGUGGUGGUGUGGCGGGGGUUGCGGCGUGCGGUCCUGGUCCAGUUCCCCGCAACAUAGCAGGAAUCAGCAGGCGCAGCAGAGCGCAACCCCGGGCGCGGAGCGCGCGUGAGAGCGGAUGAGGAUGGAUUGAUAGAGGUUAGGGUCGUUGGAAGAAAAGGAGAGUGAGUGAGAGUGGGCGGGCCGGGGAUGGAGGCAGAGAGGCAAGGUGGCGGGAUUCUGCGUCCAAAUGACGCGCAUGCGCACGGGAGGGAGAACGGGAGAGAGAGAGAGAAGGGGAGGGGGCAAGCGGAGGAGGACGAGCCGAGCCACGGAGAGACGCAGUGGGCCCACGGUCCGAGCACAUCGCCGCACCGACCGACGCAUCAGCAUCUCUGCAGCUUCGUCCCUUUUCCCUCCUCCUCCUCCUCCUUUUUUCUGUUUCAUUGCUCUUUUUUUUUCCUGACUGAAUCGCCGAUCGAGUAGAAGACUGUGUGGCUCGAGCCUUGCAGUAUGGAGAGCUUGCAGAAAAACACGCACUAAAACGUGAGAUUUACCAGGUGGAGAGAGAGGAAGAGCGAGCGAGAGGCUACGUGUGCAUUGACAAAAAUGAAGAAGUUCAACAUCAGGAAGGUGUUGGACGGCUUGAAAGAGGCGUCCUCCUCGUCCUCAUCCUCCUCCGCUAUCUCCUCCUCCAACCCUUUGGUCCAAGUGGGUCCGCAGGAGAACCAUCUGGUCCAGGAGCAGCUCCAGUCUGAGCAUUUCCAGCUCUGUAAGACCGUCCGUCAUGGCUUCCCGUACCAGCCGUCUUCCAUGGCGUUCGACCCCGUUCAAAAGAUCCUGGCCAUCGGCACUCAGAGCGGAGCGCUCAGACUGUUCGGUCGUCCUGGCGUGGAGUGUUACUGCCAACAUGAGAGUGGCGCAGCCGUCAUCCAGCUUCAGUUUCUCAUCAAUGAGGGGGCGCUGGUGAGCGCCCUGGCUGACGACACAGUGCACCUGUGGAACCUGAGGCAAAAGAGACCGGCUAUCCUGCACUCACUCAAGUUCAGCAGAGAGAGGAUAACCUUCUGCCACCUGCCUUUCCAGAGUAAGUGGCUGUACAUCGGCACCGAACGGGGAAACAUCCACAUCGUCAACGUGGAGUCGUUCAUGCUCUCAGGCUACGUCAUCAUGUGGAACAAAGCCAUUGAACUGUCGUCCAAGGCUCACCCUGGACCAGUCGUCCACAUCAGUGACAACCCCAUGGAUGAGGGAAAGCUGAUAAUUGGAUUCGAGUCCGGGAUCGUGGUCCUGUGGGAUCUCAAAUCAAAGAAGGCCGACUAUCGCUACACUUAUGAUGAGGCAAUCCACUCAGUUGCCUGGCAUCACGAGGGCAAGCAGUUCGUGUGCAGUCACUCAGACGGGACGCUGACCAUAUGGAACGUGAGAGGCCAGGGCAAGCCCAUACAGACAAUCACCCCCCACGGCAAACAGCCCAAGGAUGGCAAGAAGCCAGAGCCGUGUAAACCCAUUCUCAAAGUGGAAUACAAAACUACCAGGAUUGGGGAGCCCUUCAUCAUUCUGUCCGGCGGUCUGUCCUACGACACGGCGGGCCGGCGGCCGUGCCUGACGGUAAUGCACGGCAAGAGCACGGCCGUCCUGGAGAUGGACUACCCUAUCGUAGACUUCCUCACCCUGUGCGAGACGCCGUACCCUAAUGACUUUCAGGAACCAUACGCUGUAGUGGUCCUUCUGGAGAAGGACUUAGUGGUGAUCGACCUUGCACAAAACGGUUACCCCAUUUUCGAAAACCCCUACCCGCUGACCAUCCACGAGUCCCCGGUGACUUGCUGCGAGUACUUCGCCGACUGCCCCGUGGACCUCAUACCAGCACUUUACUCGGUUGGCUCGCGACAGAAGCGUCAGGGCUACAGCAAAAAGGAGUGGCCUAUCAGUGGAGGUAAUUGGGGUCAAGGCACGCAGAGCUACCCGGAGAUCAUCAUCACUGGGCAUGCUGAUGGAACGGUGAAGUUUUGGGAUGCCUCUGCAAUAAUGCUCCAGGUGCUCUACAAGCUGAAAACGGCCAAGGUGUUUGACAGGAGUCGCUCCAAAGAGGACAAGGGCAGCGCCGAGGCGUCCGACGAGGACCCUUUCGCCAUCCAGCUGAUGGCCUGGUGCGCCGAGAGUCGCAUGCUGUGCGUGGCCGGCGUGUCGGCCAACAUCAUCGUCUACCGUUUCAGUAAACUGGAGGUCACCACGGAGGUGGUUCAGCUGCUCGAGGUGCGAAUGCAGUAUGAACUGAACGACAUUGAAUCCCCUGAGGGCGGAGUUGGGGAGCACACGUCGGCGCACCCCAACCUGGGUGCUUCUCCGAGCGGGCCGUCUUCACAUCCCAACACCAGCAGCAACAACUCUGACGGAAGCAACACGCCUUGCCUCAAGGUGCGUAGUACUCCACUAAAGCAGUCUGCUGGUUACCAGGUGGACUUGGUGGUCCAGUUGGUGUGGGUGAGCGGGGAACCCCCUCAGCAGAUUACAAGCCUGGCACUCAAUUCUUCCUACGGCCUAGUGGUGUUUGGCAACAUUAACGGUGUCGCAGUCGUGGACUAUAUCCAGAAGACAGUGGUGUUGAACCUUGGGACGCUGGAACUGUACGGGUCCAAUGAUCCAUACCAGAGACAACCACGUUCGCCUAGAAGGUCUCGACAGCCCUCUGGAGGGCUGUGCGACAUCAAUGAGGGUUCGGCCACCUCGGAGGAUCGCUGCAAGUCUCCCACUUCAGUUUUGAUGCCAAACAGCAAUCUCCAGCAGUUCUACAAUGGAGGUGGGAGAGGAGCAAAGAUGUCACGGAAAUUAAGCUUGCCUACUGAGCUAAAGCCAGACUUGGUCCUCUUGUCUGUAUGCCCGCCGCGGGGUGCCAACCCACUAGACCACCGGGACAAUUCCUUCAGCCGCUCGCGCUCCUCCAGCGUCACCAGCAUCGACAAGGAGGCCAAAGAAGCCGUCCUCUCGUUCCAAUUCUGCGACAGCUACACCCGCAAGGGGGACGGCGCCUCGGCGCCGUGCCUGUUUGUGGGCACCUCGCAGGGCACUGUGCUGGCUCUGGCCCUUACGCUGCCACCUCCUGGAGAACAGAGGCAACUGCAGCCUGUUAUCCUUUCAACCACAGGCAUGUUGAUUCGAUUGAAGGGAAGCAUCUUGCGGUUGGCUUUCCUGGACGCGGCCGGUUCCGUCUUACCCCCCUCGUACGACCCUUGGUUCGAACCCAACAUCUCUGCGGACGGCGAAGAACGGGAGAAGGUCCGCAAGCGUCGGCCCGUGUCGGUUUCGCCGUCCAGCUCGCAGGAUCUUAACGAGAGCCACUACGCCGUGAUGUGCUCAGAGAAGCAGGCCAAGGUCCUUUCGCUGCCCAGCCAGACGUGCAUCCACAAGCACAGUAUCACGGAGGCCUCCUUCGUUUUACGUGCCGACGUGGUCCAGAUGAGCCAAGGCGUGUGUCUGGCCUGCUUCUGCGCUAACGGUCAUAUCAUGGCUCUUAGUCUACCGGGACUGAGACCCCUCAUGGAUGUAAACUACCUGCCUCUAACGGACAUGAGGAUAGCCAGGACCUUCUGCUUCACAAACUUGGGUCAGGCCAUGUACCUUUGUUCCCCCACUGAAGUCCAGAGGAUCACGUACAGCCAGGACACCUGUGAGAACCUACAGGAAAUGCUUGGUGAAUUGUUUACACCAGUGGAGACACCGGAGGCCCCCAACAGGGGCUUCUUCAAGGGGCUCUUUGGGGGUGGAGCACAGUCACUGGACAGAGAAGAGCUAUUCGGCGAAGAAGUUGCCGGACGAGCAUCCCGCAGCCUGGCCCAGCACAUCCCGGGCCCGGGCGGCAUCGAGGGCAUGAAGGGGGCAGCAUCCGGCGUGGUGGGUGAUCUGGCCCGCGCCCGGAUAGCGCUGGACGAGCGAGGGCAGAAGCUAGGCGAGCUGGAGGAGAGGACGGCCGCCAUGAUGGCCAGCGCCGACUCCUUUUCCAAGCAUGCCCAUGAGAUGAUGCUGAAGUGCAAAGACAAAAAAUGGUACCAGUUCUGAUGGGCGUUCGCAAUGGUUGCCUUGGUCAUGAUGGCGACCUGCUGCUGUUUUCCAUUCAGCCAUCCUCCCCAAGCCUUUCUUCGUUCACUCGGACACUUGGGAUUUUCUUCCCUUAGCACAAUGUCCCAUACUCUUCUUACCUCACUCUGUUGUUGAGGCGGGGGAAGACACUGGAAGCAAGUACAUUAUUUCUGUGUAUGCGUGUGUGUGCGAGUGUGAGUGUUGCCCAUGUUCUUGUCCUUUUAUUUAUGAUUCACACAUGGAGUUCUCAUUCUCAUUUUGCCAAACCGUCCUUAGACUGAUGUCAGUAUUUAAACUGGACUAUUAGCUCACACUUGGGAAUAUUGUUCAAAUGUACAAAAAAAAUAAUAUAUAUGUCAUGAUGUAUACAUACAAAUCUAAAUGUUGCAACGCUGUACUUCACUUCAGGGCGAUCGGAAACAAACAGGAGAGGGACACAGGAAGUGACAUCGCAGUGACGCUUCUAUGCAGAGAGAUUUGUAUAUAUUUUUUUUUGUCUUCACACCUGGCUCCACUUUCAGACUCUUACAUCCUUCCCAACAACACGUAUGAAUUCAUCCCUUUCAACUUUCUCUUCACUACCCCUCCCCCCUUGUAUUUAUGAGAGGUGGUUUGGUUUCAUGGCUCUGUCAAUAUCACUGGGAAAGCUCUUAUUUUUCUAUGGUUGUGAAAAAGUAAGUGAUAUUUUUUUUAAGGUUUUCGUCUCACUUUUGGGUUCUCCUUAUGAAAAGGGCUGGGAACUUCGAGGAAGGCGGGGAUAAAUAAGGCAUAAUGUCAUAGACUAUAUCGAAACUCAUCUGUUCAGCAUCCCCGAUUAAUUGGCCUCUUUCAUCUCGAGUGUAUAAAUGCUGCUAGGAUCACUGAUAAACACACACACACACACUGCAGUGUCUUUUUUAUUUUUAAAUUAUAUGUACUUCUGUGAAAAGAAUGAAUACAGUCAACAAGCUUUGUUUUUGUAGAUUCCCGUCAUUGUUUGGCGUCCGGAAAAACUGAUAUAUCCCUCCCACCGCUCCCCCACACGCACAUCAUUUGAAGUCAGAUCUCACUAUCAGGGUGGUUGAGUGACAUGUGUGACAAUCUGGAAAGUAGUACAACCAUUGCGUUAUAUAAAUACAAAGAUUGCGCGAGGUCAUGUAUUGUUUCUGAUGCCAAAGACUCGCGCUAUGAUGAAAUUCACAAUCCGAAUGAAUGUUUUCUUUUUUUUCCACAAAGAAGCAAUGCUGACUUUCAUGUUAUCCGUCAGUAAUUAUAUUUUCUGAACAUAUAGUUUAGUUGAACUUUGGACAAAAUAUUGAGAGAAAAGUUGAAAUGUUAUGAGAAUGUUUGUCAUGUUAAGGAUGGUCAGAAUGUUUUGAGAAAAAAGUUGAAUUAUGAAAUUGGAGCCUCACGAGGAAAAAAAUAUUGAGGGGUGAUGUAUAGUACAACAACUAUAAAGUCUUAUUUUUUAAGGAAAAAUGUUAAAAUAUUGUAACAGUUAAUGAACCUGAAGCCGUAAAAUUGUGUGACGGUAGAAUAACACAAGUAUCACGGUUUUGAAAAAUGAUCAUGAAUACAGUCCAAAUAUGAUGAGAACAAAAGUUGUACAGUUAUGAGCUGGAAGCUUAAAUAUAAACAAAGACAUGCAUUGAGAAAGUCAUAAAAAUUGUAACAUUGGAAUAAAGUCAUAUGAGCGAAGAAGUUGUAGCAUUAAAAAUAUAUAUAUAUUUUUCCCACUAAUAACUUGUAAUUUUGUAAUACUCGCUUUAAUGCCACCAGUCAAACAGGACAUUUAAAAAAAAAAGACCCCAAAAAACCCACACUAGUAAUUAAACCUAACACCACUAGGUGGUGCCAAAGUAAUAGUAAAUAAACCUGCAAAUGGCAACCCGUGAAUGUGUGGUGGUUAACUACUUCUCGUUGACUAUCUAUCACGCUUCCCGUUUCUUUCAGUAAGCGUUCUUCCCCGUCGUCAAAUACAUACACGAAAGAGUGAGAAAGAAGAUAUUCCUCCUCCUCCACCACCACCGUCACUCACGUCACGUCCUGCAGUCAACAGUUUGUGAGUGGGUUGCAGUAUUUUUCUCAUGGUAGCCGACUUUUUUCUUGUACAGUUUUAUGCAACUUUCACGUGGAUGUUUAUGGACUUUGCGGAACUGCUGCCACACACGAGAGAAUUUGGGACAUUCUGUAGUUAGAGGUUAACUGUGCAAUGGGAGGGGGGGGGGGGGGGUAAUAAAAGAGGAAAAUGUACCCCUGGCUUGUUGGAGUUGACUUUCAACGCCAGGUGGCGGCAAACACAAAAUAAUUGCCUUGAAAAAGCCGUCUGAAUGGUUUGCUGACAUUUGUCUGCGUGGAAAACGUAUUCAACCUUUUUGCUUUAAGCAAGCAGUAAAAAAAAAAAAAAAUAACCUAAGAUGUGACCAAUCUACAAAAUAAAUAUCCUAUGUGAAAAGGAAGAGGAAGAAGUCAUUUUGUAAAUUUGAUUGCGAUCCUGCCCAUUCAUCACCAUUGCUGUAAUUUGAGUUUUUUUGUUUACUUUAAUAAAAAAAGUCAGGUCCAGAUUCUGAAAUGCGCUUAAGUAGAAAAUUUAAAUAGUCUUAUGACUCCCAUGUCAAUCACUAAGCCGCACCUCAAAUUUUAAAGCUGCACACACUCAAAGUCACAGAUAGGACAGUGCAUAACGUGAGGUUGUCGAACCCAAAGUGGACGUGUUCACAUUUUAUUGAAAGCCAUGUUUAUCGACAUAAAUGAGUUUUAAAUGCCUGAACUUGUACGUCUGGGCGGAUUAAAACAACCACAAGAUACAAACAGUAUGGUGGACGGAGGAAAGGUUAAGGCUAUGCCGAGCCCCUUCCACCGCUGGCACAUGACAUGCCAGCGAUUCUGUUGCCAUGGAGAUGGCAACGGCGACUGACCAGAGUCGUGGACGCGUGGCAGGGGAUCCCACCGCAUUUGCUCUGGGGGGGGAGCUACUGAAUGAGGGGUGUGAAAGGAAAAUGUUCUCAGCUGAUAAAGUCACUCAAAAGGAUCAUAUUCUACAUUAUAUGAAUCAAAUGAAAUAUUGAUAAAUUAACAGUGGUUGAUCUUAAUUUUACAUAUAUAAUGCCAUAUCUCUCAAAUGUAUUCAUUUUUUGGCAAACGUUUUUUAUAAAAAGAUUUUUGUUUUUUCUCCCCAAUGCUAUUGGCUGUCAAUUAUGAGUACUGUAUAUUUUUACUAUUCUGGUCACUGAUUUCCCUUUUUUCGUUCGCAGCUAGGAGUCAGCUGGGAUAGCCUCCAGCUCACGCCUGAGAACUAAUGAAGACAAGCGCGAUAGAACAAAAAAUGUACACCGUUGAUGGAUGGUGUAGCUGAUUAUAAUUCAUCCUCGCAUUUUUUUUCAGCUUUCUUGCCCACGGCUAUGUUUGGACAGCAUCUUUUUUGAGAAAUGUGAUAGGCCUAGCCGCGACCACAUGAAGCUCCGUUUGUGGGGGAGCCCCUUAGAUUAACUUUAACACAUUGAUGAAAAAGCACAGCGGCAUUUUUGACUUUAUAUAGAGCUGAAGGGCGUGGGAUGCGGCCGAGGAGGCUGAAAACUGACAUAUGCGCGCGGUUGACCUCGGUGGCUUGCCGGCGUGUCCGAUACUUAAGAAGCCGUCUGUGUCCUGACAUAUGCAGUCGCUCAUGCACACGGCGGCCACCCUUUGCCUGUAAGUAAAUUUAGUUGUGGGUGAAACAGCCACCAAAUUGCAAGCGGGUGCUUGCAAUCUGUUACUCUGCGUGGGGGAAGUGAUUGCUGCAACUUGUGAGGGUGCUGCUGGGUCACUCUCGACUGCUUUGCUGUCUGAGAACAUGUCAUGGAAACCAGCACUGGGCCUCACAGCGAGUGGUGGUCUCCAAGAGCCCACUUAAAUUCACAGAUGUGUUUCCGCCAUUUCUAGAUUCUUAAAUGGAAUGAAAGGAGCCACUUUGAUUGGUCAUGACUGAAGUCGGCUGUGACCACACCCACAGCGGCGCAGUCUCACUCUCUAUUAGAUUCACAAGACUGCUCAUCUGUGAAAUUUCUCGCAUUGGGUCCAACCAGCCUCUGUGCAGAGUCACAUCAUGUGCUGGUCACAAAAAAAAAACCAAAAUGGUGAUAACCAUAGUUUGCUAAAUAAUAACUGGAGGAACCGGUUAAUCUGUCCAAAUAUUAAUCCGUUUGCUUACGGUAAUUCCUUUUGACGAAGUAUAGGUGCUGCUGCGCAAGGUCUUCAGGGAUCCUCAAGGUCCCUUUUUCAGAUUUUGUUUUUGUAACUGCUGGCGUUUCCACGGCAACUGUGUGAUUUAAAAAGGAUAUUUGAACGUCAAGAGGAGGGGGGUGGGGGGGGGGGGGGGGGCGCGGGGCUACGUUCUAGCCCGUGAGUUUACUUUAAAUGUGGGUCAGUCGUAAGCUUCUAUUAAGUCUUUCCCCUGGUGAGCCGGACUCAUUUGCAUUUUUGCUCGACUCGCGUCUCUCGCGCAUCCAUUAGGAGCGCGUCGCAUAUUCACGAGACUGUAGAUGUGAAUUGCAAGUAUGAAGAAUAUGCGCUGGUAUUAAAUUGAGAGUAAGUGUAGUUUGCUUUCAGUGGUGCUUGACUAAAUGAGGCACUUAAAUGUGUGACGCCGACAGCACAUUUCUACAAUAAAUGGAUGAAAAGUAGAGAAUCAGUCCAAUGGGGCGCAACUAAAAUAUUUUUGCCCUACCUUAACUAGUGUAAAUUUCAAACGGCCGCAAAAAUUUGCCUCCAAGCCCGCUCGGUCAUCGCUAACACGUGACGGGAAAUGCCAUUGACAGACUACCGAUGAGCAUCAGUGUCACGUUGUUAUCUAACUCUUCAGCUCAGAGAUAUUUGAAAGUUCUUUAGCAAUACUUAUAUAUAUAUAUAUAUAUAUAUAUAUAUACAUAUAUUCUUCAUCCUCUGAAAAGAGCUAUUGUGACUGGAGUUAUUACUUGCGGAGGAGCUGAGACUGUCUCCCAUCUGCAUUAUAGCUGUUUGUCUAACAUACUGCCCCCAUGUGGCCAAGCCAUGCACACCAGAAGAAGCACCACAAUGUCCGGUCAAAUUAAAGCAAAAAAACCCCAAAACGCUUUGUCCGAACAUUCUAAUUAAGUGUGCCUGUAAUGUCCGUUUGUUUACAGACUGCUAUUUUUCUCAUUUAAAAAAAUAAAAGUUUAGGUUUCAGCACCAGCUGGAGUGAUGGGUGUGACCCUUUUAGAUGUGCAUCUGUGUCUUGUUAAGCAAUCAAGCUGGCACUUGUUUCAGGAUUCUGACUUUUGCUUCUUUUUGUCACAUUAUUGCCCAAGUGCCAUUUUCUAGAUCUUAGGUUUUCGAUCAUAGUCGCUUCCGCCUCGAUAGAUUUUUGGAUUUUUUUCAUGAACGAUCGUCAAAUGCCCAGUCGACUACGUUGGAGUUUUCUAGAACGGUGAUUCCCAAUCACCGUACCGUAAAAGAUCAUCGCGUGUGUCUAAAUGGGCCCACAUUUCACACGGAGUCCUCCUGGAUUCACCCGACUGCCCUUUUUCGUGUCCGCGUUGCACUUUCCGACGUCUUCAUUCCACGGAGACCUUGAAUCAAUUACCGAAGUUCUGCGGCAGUACAAAUGAAAGAUUUGCUGUUGGACGGCGUUCAACGCCCAAGCGCCUCAGCAAGAGUUGAGACGACCAGUUCUGCGCCUGCUGAUGAAAAUGGAAAAAAAAAAUUAGAAGGUAAAGCCAGAAGCGACGUUAGCCACGGAAAACAGAUGAGGCCAAGUGACGACGUGUAUGCGCUAACGCUCGUUUCAGGCAAACCAUCGGUUCGUCUUGGCCGCGCUGAAGACCAGGCGACUGCGGCCGAUCCUCAAAUCUGGAACAGGCACACAUUGACCCAAAACUGCAAGUACUUCCAUCUCGAUUGAAUUGAUGUAAACGGUGCAACAAGGAUUUGAGGGAUAAUAUUUGCACUUCUCUUUGCUACAUUUCUAGGAAUUGAAAAUGGCUGAGAAAAAUCGAAAUGAACACACACACACACACACACACACACACACACACACACACACACACACACACAAA